CUCAAGAGCACUCUUAACGCUUCUCAAAAGCCAAAAACUUUUCUCUUUGAGGACAAAAGAGAGGAGCACGUGAAUUCGCGUUUACUUCGUGAUCUUUGGCACAGGCUAAAUCGCGUUGGCAUUAAUCCCUCAGCCUUGCUGUGCCUUCUCGGCUGACUUGGUUCUGACAACAAACAAUAAACAACAACGCCACUUCACCAUUCUUCUCAUACCUUCGAUUGUCCCCACCUCGAUCUAUCUUCCCUUUCAUCCUUCCUCUACACACAAAUCCGAAUCGCAACAAUGCCUCCCAAGAAAGUUGCCGCAGCUACUUCGACUUCUGUCUACCUCGUCGUCAGUGGCAGCACCAUCUCCUCCGUCCACGCCUCGCAAGCAUCUGCCGAAGCCGCAAAGAAGGACGAUGCCAAGAUCGAAGUCCAAACCCUGAUCGGCGGAACCAUCAGCGUUGACCCUGUCGCAGAGGAGAAGAAGCCCGCGAAGGCCAAGGCUGCGAAGACCGAAGAUGCGCCCAAAGCCAACACUGCCGCAAAGAAGACAAAGACACCUGCCGAACAGCGCGCCGCCAACGUUGACAAGCCGAAGAAGGGACAACCUGCCGAUAAGGACCUGCCCGAGAAUGUCCGGUCGCUGUUGAAUGGCAAGGGCAAUCAAUUGAAGGGCAUGGCAAUCAUCGUUACGGGUGUUCCGCCUGUUAUGGGACGAGCCAAUACAGAGAAGCUGGUGGUUCUUUAUGGCGGAAAGGUCAGCAAGAGCUUGAGCAAGAAUACGAGUUUGGUUGUCAUUGGCAAUGAGGCAGGUCCCACAAAGUUGGAGAAGAUCGAGGACCUUGGUCUCAAGACUGUCGAUGAGGACGGGCUAGUUGCUCUGCUUGAGGGAGGUGCCGGAUCUAAGCAUGCUCUUGAUGAUGAGGAUGAUGAAGACGAGGACGAGGAGGAGGAAGAAGAGGAAGAGGAGAAGCCAAAGAAGGGCAAGAAGCAGAAGAAAUAGAUGUGAUCUGUUGUAUACGAUGGGAUGACUCUGCGUUCGCGGGUCAUCGUGCACAUACACAGGCAUCUCUUGUUUCUAGCCUUUUCUCAUGUACAAAAGUGGAAAGCGGGGUUAUUUCUGGCUUUCGGCCGGAACAUACAGGAGGAUGCAUAAUCUGCGAGCAUUAUGCUUUCAUGGUACGAUAGCUGAGCAGGGAGUGACUGCAAUACAUACGCACGAAUGUGCUUCCCACUCG